GUACAGUUGUCCUCCAGGUUGCGCGGGAAAACUGACUUCGUUUCGUUUUCAUCCCGUGGUUGUAGGCAUGCGAUAAACAACCAAAAUUGAGGUAGGUACAACGUUUACAAGGGAUUGAAAGCAGUUUUAGAAAAGUGCUAAGGUGAAUCAAUGAAGUAUAUUAAAAUAAGUAAGUGCAAUGUGUCAUUAAUAAAUGCAUUUAUAAAGGAAACUCCCUAAGCUGACAACGUUCAUUUGCAAUGUAUAAUGACACCCAUGUAGUUCGUGCUAGCGUGAUGUCCACUUUUGGUUUCAAUACAUAUAUCCUCAUGCCGUUAUUUUAUUUCAUACUUUUCUAUCUAUUUGGUGAUCAACCGUACCCUACAGAUAAUAGGAAUAGAAUAAGUCGAAUAAAAUUCGUAAAGAGCUAUAAAAUGUUAGGUUUAAUGGAAUAUAAUGAGGAUCAAGUAAAGAUAUUAUUAGAAAAUGAAUGAGAUAAGACAUUGUGAAGCGGGAUUCAAAGAUCCGAUAAUGGAUAGCAAGUUAUUUUAUAAGAUGCCCCAUAAAUCUGUGCAGAGCCCACGUGGUCGCGUCUCAACAAUAGGCUGAGCGAAUGGUAUAUGUUUUAAGGCAGAAGCAUGAUCUGUUUAGGCGUUCAUUAUUAUUUUUUCAAGACAAGGAUCUAAGCCCUCAUAUAAACCAGAAAAAUUUCGAGCAGUCAAAUUGCAUAUUGCUGUUCCUGCAGAAUGGGGCGAUUCACCUUAGUGACCACACCCAUAUCUGCUGAUCAGCUAGCGCCACCCUCCCUCCUUUUUUGAUGUUAGGCUCUGAGACUGUGAUUAUUAUGGCUACCGCAAAUAUAUUGGUUGGUACCAGACAUAUUCGUAAUUCAUAUUCCACCACUCUUGUCUACUUAUCGAGAUCUUCCAAUAGAUCUCCACGUACUUCUCUGGCGCAUCCACUAUCUAACGUCACCAUAGGAUCCAAAUUGCGUUGAUAAUCCUUGUCCAAAGAUGCUGGCUGCAGUCCGAGUAAGUACUCUCAGAAGAGUUCCAGAAAACGAACAGAGGAAUAAAAACUGUCAAGGAACUUAACCCUAAGUUCCUGUUGUUACGAAGACGCUCCGAACAGAUAAAUACUACGACCGAUUCUCGACUUUAACUCUAAAACACCAGUGGUUGUAAGAAGGAAGUUGUAUUAUUUGGUACAGCGCCGCAUAUUUGGCGCCGUUUUCGAAGUUUGUCGUUUUUUCCGCGUAAUUUUCGUUUUUAUUAUUCCUUUUUGUAUUCCCAUUUUUCAGGAUAUAUCCUCAGUGUCACUGACUACUAACACAAAUAGCAAUAUUUUUUCAUAUCUAAACCUACCUUUGUAGUCACUGGAUAUUAUCCUUACUGGUUUUCUUCUUUCAGGCUAUUGAUUAAGGUAUUACCAUUUCGAGCACCUGACUUUUGGUACCCAUAUUACGCUUGUUUUUUUGUUUUGUCAUAACGUCAAACAGCCUAAGACUCGUCUACCUGCAGUUCUGUAUUAACUAUACACAAAAUGCCAGUUAAGCUAUCAAAGCGUCGUGCUUCAUCAUCGGCUGAAAACUUCAGCAAAAGACAAAUCUAGCAAGCCUAAACAGCAUGGUAACUUUCCCUUCAUCUGACAAAGAUGCUAAAUAAGACAAGAUCAGAAAUCAUUACUUCUUCACCUUCUUGUGUAAUAAGUGAUUUUAUCAGGGGUAUUUACAGUAGUACAGGUUGUGAGACAAGUGUAGGGGACUGUUACGAGAGUUUACUAACAUUACAAAUAUGAGAAUAAUAAUCCAAGUCAAUGAAACGUUAAAUAACAAUAUAUUACCAAAAAUGCAGUAACGAGUUAUAUCAAUAAAAAGGAUUACUUGGAUAUGAAGUUUAAGUCCGCUGCUACAAAUUAUUUAUAUAAUCCACGGGAACGUUAACUGUUUGGGUUGCGUCUGCUGUGUUCCGGUUGUAGAAUUGUCUUCGGUUGAGGAUAGUAGACUCCUGCAAUAAAUCUGAAGUAUACAACACGGUAUGAGUGGAGCAAGUAAGCAGAAAUGGCCAGAAAGAAGGAAGUUUUCAACAGUAAAGUGUAUUUCCAAUUGUACACGGAAGUUAUAUGUAUUUUAACAAGAAUAGUCUUAAACAAAAAUCAUGUACAAUAUCUCUAAUUUCUACAAAUAACCAAAAAGUGUACAAUCAUAUAGUUACGUACUACACACGGCUCCCCCCCCUAGAGGUCCGGAGAGACUACCGGAAAAUGUUAAGUAAAACUCUGAAGUAAAUAAUAAUAGUAGUAAUAAUUUUAAGAUAAAAAUAAGGAUACAAAAUAACAUGCAUGUACGCGAGAAGGUAUUUGAAUCAUGUAAAGUCUGAAAGCAUAUACAAUUAGUUCAACAAUAAAAAUUGAAAUAGAAGGUCAUGUCAAUUGAAUGAGGUUGGUUUCUCAUUUGCGCAAACCAUGAACGAAGAUUUUUAAUGUAUAAAGAAAAGUAUGUUUAUACACAGUAAUUAAAGAGGGGAAAGAAAACAGAAAAAAUAUGAAUUGAGAAACGAUAGUUUCUGAAAAACACAAUACCUGUUUGUAGGUGAGGUACAUAUAAAUAAAUAAUAGUGACAGUAACAUCAAAGUGUACGAAGAAAUACUAACAGUCAUGAUAAUACCCAUCAUCUCACGAACUUCGUCUUAAAUUAUCAGACUUAAAACUUGGUGCGUGUGUUGGGAGAGGAGCUUGUGGCAUAGUUCGUGUAGUGCGUGAUGUAUCACCGCCUCAUUCUGUGCGUCGGUGGCACUGGUUAGGACUUUCGCCGACUAUGCACAUGGUCUGAGAUUCUAUCCCCUGCUGACGCACACCUCAUAGCUAUGGUCGGCCUGCAAAUUUUGGGCUACCGGUAUCCAUGCUGAAAAUUCCAUACCUGUACUAAAAAUACAUUGUGGAAUCAAGCUGUAAUCAAAAAAAAUAUGCAAUGAAAUCACAAUUUAAAGGAGCCUGGUUACAUCACGAUCCGGAGGGAUCUCAAAUACUACUUGAAAGAACUGUAUUAGCUCAAGCAACUGCCAUUGGAAAUCCAUGGCUUCCACAUCUACAUUAUGCAUUUCGAGAUGGAAAGUAUUUACAUCUUGUCAUGGAUUAUGAACCUGGUGGUGACUUAUAUAUAUUUUUAAGCAAAGUUGGCCAUUUAUUGGAUUCAAAGAUGGUGCAGUUUUAUGCUGCUGAAGCCGUAGAAGCUAUUCAUUCUCUACAUCAAAUGGGUUACAUUCACUGUGAUUUAAAACCUGAAAAUUUUGCAAUUGAAAGAAGUGGACACUUGAAAUUAAUUGACUUCGGUUCAGCUAUCAGACUUCAUGCAGAUGGGAAAUGUAUCUGUCCUUCAAUGGUUGGAACAAAAGAACACUUAAAUAUUGAAUUAUUAAGACAACGUGGACGACAUAAUCAAGAACCAUUACUUGUCGGUCCAGAAUUUGAUUAUUGGUGUAUUGUUAUAUGA